CAGUGGCUCCGUGAUUGGCCGGCUCUAUGUGUCCGUUCUGCCACGGGAAGAGCGCUUCAAUUGUGAUUUCCAAAUAAAGGACUGCAGAAUUAGACUGAAAUAUUACUUUUCUCUGCAAAACUCAAGGACAAAGUGAGAUGCCUAUCCGCCGAGCGGCAGCAACUCCACCCCAGGACAGGGCAGCCUCCCCGGCCCCGGAGGAAGGUGAGGAAGCCCACGCAGAGCCAUCCGAGGAUUCGCCCCCAGUGAUGGAGGACGAGGGGGGGGCGCCCGACUGCCCGCUCCCAGCGAAGGAAGGAGGGGAGGUUGGAGCAUCCAGCCAGACCAACGGAGAGGAGCUGGGCUCUGGGGAUGUGAAGGCGGAGCUGGAAGCGGAGAAUGAAGGGCAUGCUAGGCCCACGCUGGCAAACGGAGACUCGCUAAAAUGCCAGGACUGCGCCGAAGGACAGUGCGCCACACACUGCUUUGUCCUCCUUAAAAGGAUAAAGGACGGCGGCAAGCUGGGCAAGGCCAAGGUGAAGAAGAUGAAGAAGACCAUCCCCCCCUGGGCAUCCAUAUCGGCCAACAAGAAGAUGGCGGCGGCGGUGAGCGGCUUCGCCCGGGCGACGCCCAGGGUGGACGAGGUUCUGCUGGAGGCUGUGAAGUCUGGCAGUGAGCGCACUGGGAUGUCCUACAUGUCCAUCUUGAAAUACGUCACAAAGAAUUACCCCAGUCUGGAGCUGGACAAGAGGAAAUACCUCAUCAAGAAGGCCUUGAAGAAACACCUGGAGAAGGGUUCCAUCAAACAGCUCAAGGGGAAGGGGUUCGCAGGCAGCUUCGCAGCCCAAAAGCAGCCAGCAAACAAGAAGUCGUCGUCGUCGUCGGCGGCGGCGGCGGUGAAGGGCGAGCCUCUGGGGGACGCCCUCCCCCUCAUCAUCACUCGGCUGUGUGAGCCCAAGGAGGCGUCCUACAUCCUCAUCAAGAAGUACUUGGAGCAGCACUUCCCCCAGCUGCACAUCGACAACAGGCCCGACCUGCUGAAGUCUGCGUUAGUCCGGGCCGUGGAUAGGGGUCACCUGGAGCGGAUCACUGGGAAGGGCGCCAGCGGAACCUUCCAGCUGAAGCGAACGGGGGACAAGGUGCUGCUGGCCGGUGGAGCUCUGGAGGACGCUAUCAGCGCUGCCAUCAUCGCCAUGAACGAACCCAAGACCUGCAGCACCACAACGCUACGCAAAUACCUGUGCCACGCCAACGAGGACAGCACCGAGACACGCAUAGUCGCUCUGCUGAGGAAGACGCUCACCAAGUGUAAGAUGCUGGGCUGGAUGGACCAGAUCACCGGGACCGGACUCAACGGGACCUACCGGCUGGCCUUCCCCUACUACCCCAGUCCUGCGGUGCUGUUCCCGGACCGCGUCAUCGCACCACCGAAGAAGAAGAAAACCCCUCAGCGGACCUCCGACACUUCAGAGGAGGAGUCGGAGUCAGAGGAGUCGGAGGAGGAGGAGGAGGAGUCUGACGAUGAGCCCCCACCCCCCCCGAAGAGGAAAGCGGGCAAGAGGCCCGCCCCCAAGACCCGCAGGCCGCCGCCCAGCAAGAAGCCGCGCAGCGCCAGCCAAUCAAAAGCCAGGGGUCGGAGAGCCCCCCCUAUCAAGAAGCAGGUGACGCCCGCCAAGAAGGCUCCGCCUCCCGCCAAGAAGCCCGCGGCCGCCUCCAAGAAGGCGGCGCCGGCCAAAGCAACGCUGCCGCCUAAGGCCACGCCCACGGCCAAAGCCACGCCCCUGAAGCGAGCGGCCCCCGCCAAGAGGCCGAAGACUCCGGCGGUGAAGAAGCUCAGUGCCCGCGGCUCUAGGGCCGCACCCCGGAAGGCCACGCCCCAGAAGGCCACGCCCCAGAAGGCCACGCCCCGGAAGGCCACGCCCCGGAAGGCCACGCCCCAGAAGGCGCCAGCCAGGAAGGAGGCGAAGGCCCCGCCCCCCGGACGCCAGUCCCUGAGGUCGAAGAAAUGAACAUGGCCGCUGUGGUGGGAGGGGCCUCCCCUCCUGGUCCAAUCAGUCUUUUUCUCCCUUUUUUGGGGGCAGGGGUGGGCUUGUCUUUUUAUUUUUUUGUGGGGGGGGGGGGGGGGGUAGAAUGAGUGAUUUUUUCCUCUUGGUUAUAGUGUGGUUCAUGUACAUUGAGAGUAACUGAUUUUAACGGACCCUUUUUUAAUUUUCACAGCGUGUAGAGAACGAUGUUUGCUCGUGUUGUGGUUUAAAGGUUGUUUUGCUGAGCGUCGAGGAUUGACUCCGCCAUGUGGCUGCUUCUCCAGGUACGGGCUCGUUAGUUCCGUUUAUUGUGCACACCUCUUGGCAGUAUACAUCCCUCACAUAUGAAAACAGCAAGACCAUGGGACUUUAAAAUUAGAGAUUUUGAGUUAAAUUCAUUUGAACUUGAAUAAUUUAUAUAAACCAUUUUAAGAUCCUCUCAUAGAAAUAAAUGUUUUUCCCCCAUUUCUUUCCUCGAGUGCACGGCAGUAUUUUCGGUUUAUGUUUUAGUUUCAAAUGGAAAUCUAUUAGGAAUAAUUCAACUGGAAUGACCGCAGUUAAGGCCGGCGUCGGCACGCGCUUCUCUGCAUUCAUUUCUAAGACUAGAAACCGUAAAUUGUGCAAAGAAAAGUCCAACAGGUUUUGUUGCUUAGAUAAGCUCUAGAUCCGUUGCCACAAGCUGUAUGGAUUGUGUGUCGUGAAUUACAGGAUAAUAGCCCAUACGUACCCUGCAUGCAUAUACUUUAUUGUUAAGUUUUUUUUUUCCAGGUCAUUAAUAAAAAUGGCUAUAUUUGUAAUCGACUGC